UGAAAGAAUAAGGUGCCUGUGAGGAAAGAGGAAGAAGAAGAAUUGUAAAUUAAAAUGGAGAUUUUUAUUAUUUGUGUUGUGUAGAUAAAUUAAGAUAAAUGUUGAUCCGUGUUGCUAAUUUGAACUGUGGAAUUUCAUAAAAAUAUAGGUGUUAAUAGCAUAAUAACUAUAAUACACUUGUGAAUACUUAUUUUUGGUUCUCCUACCAACUAGUUUCAUCAAUCAACAAUUUACAGUUGGUGUUUAAUUGUAGAAGGUCAAAGCACUCACUUCGAAAAUAUAUUUUUAAAUAAUGCUGCAAUUUACAACUAUUGUAUGAAAUAUGAAUUCAGCACCAGUAGAUGUAGGACCCUCAGGGUCUAGUCGCAAAGUCAGAAUUGUUAAGGAGGGUUGGUUAUAUAAAAGAGGAGAGCAUAUAAAGACAUGGAGAUCCAGAUACUUUGUGUUAUUUGAGGAUGGAGCUUUAAAUGGUUUUAAAGCAAAACCAGAUGAUUCUUAUAGUGACCCAUUGAACAAUUUUACUGUAAAAGGGUGCAAAAUUAUGACAACAGAUCGACCAAAACCUAAUACAUUCAUAAUCAGAGGAUUACAAUGGACAACAGUUAUUGAGAGAAUGUUUCAUGUAGAUACACCACAAGAGAGAGAGCAGUGGGUAAUGGCAAUAAAAUCAGUGUCUGAAAUGUUGACAAAUGAUUGUGAAGAUGUUGAAAUGAACCCAUCCAAUCCUGAUAUGUUAGGUGAUUUAUGGGAAAAAUGCUCUUUGCAAGGUACUUCAGUAUCAAGUACUUCUGGAAAGAGAAAAGUAACCUUAGAAUCAUUUGAGUUCCUCAAGGUUUUGGGUAAAGGAACAUUUGGAAAAGUUAUUUUAUGUCGGGAAAAAGCAACAGAAAGGUUGUAUGCUAUCAAGAUAUUGAAGAAGGAAGUUAUCAUUCAGAAAGAUGAGGUUGCUCAUACCCAGACUGAAAAUAGGGUACUCAGAACCACAAAUCAUCCUUUUCUAACAUCAUUAAAGUACUCCUUUCAAACAAACGAUAGAUUAUGUUUUGUAAUGGAGUAUGUCAAUGGUGGUGAAUUAUUUUUCCAUUUGUCAAGAGAGAAAGUGUUUUCAGAAGAAAGGACAAAGUUUUAUGGGGCUGAAAUAAUAUCAGCAUUGGCAUACUUACACUCACAGGGUAUUAUAUAUAGAGAUUUAAAACUUGAAAAUCUACUCCUGGAUCAAGAUGGUCAUAUAAAAAUAACAGACUUUGGUCUUUGUAAAGAAGACAUUACUUAUGGAAGGACAACUAAAACAUUUUGUGGCACUCCUGAAUAUUUGGCCCCCGAAGUUUUGGAAGAUAACGAUUAUGGGAGAGCUGUUGAUUGGUGGGGCAUCGGAGUUGUCAUGUAUGAAAUGAUGUGCGGCCGACUUCCGUUUUACAACAGGGAUCAUGAUGUUUUAUUUACAUUAAUAUUGAUGUCUGACGUGAAGUUUCCUAGAAAUUUAAGUGCAGAAGCCAAAGAUCUGCUUUCCGGAUUGCUUGUUAAGGAUCCAACAAAAAGGUUAGGGGGAGGUCCUGAUGAUGCCAAACAAAUUAUGGCUCAUCCAUUCUUCAGCAGCAUUAACUGGAAAGACCUUGAAUUAAAAAGGAUAACACCACCAUUCAAGCCACAGGUAACGUCCGACACAGAUACAAGAUAUUUCGAUCAAGAAUUCACAGGCGAGAGUGUCCAACUGACACCGCCAGAUAAUUCUGGUCCUCUCGGUUUCAUCCAAGAAGAACCACAAUUUUCUUUCACCCAGUUCAGUUACCAAGACUUUUCUUCAACUCUGGGUAGCUCAGGUCAUAUGGGAGGUAGCAUGGCAAGUGUUGGAAAUAUGCAAUAAAUAGGCUUCAUACUUACAGUAAACGGUAAAUGCAGGAAUGGACUACUAAUGGAUAUAUUGUGAUACUUUUUUUUACUCUUUACUAACUGCCAUGACUGGCCUGGUACAUAUGUACAUAGAAUUAAAAAGUGCUGUAAACCAGAAUUGUUGUAACAUUUGCUAAUGCAAGAAGACUAAUACCACAGUUCAUAUAUCUAAUUAUUCUUACUGUGCUUAUUGAUAUAUAGAUUCUAGCAAGUUUAUAAGAAUUCUGGUCGGUACUUCAGUGUUUUAUUUUAUAUUUAUAACUGUUGCACAAGGUGUGUAAUGAUUUUAAUUGUAUAAGAUGUAAAUUUUAAUUCAGUGUAGGUAAUUUAAGAGUGUUGCAUCAAUUAUCAGUUGACUUGUUUUAAAUUUACUUGAUAUAACUAUUGAUUAAAUGAAAAACUUACACAAAGUGUUUUAAAAUUCAGAUUGAAUUCUUUACAUGGUUACAAUUUAUGAUUUACAGGGUGUGCCUAUCAGUUCGCAACAAAUGGGUAUGUUUUACUAUUGCAUUAUUGAGAAAAAAAAAUAUGCGGAAUUACUUUAGAGACUUAGCCCCAAAUCUCCAAAAUCUUCUUUAUAUAAGCAAAGUGUUAGAUCACAACAUAUUGAAAUAUGUCAGAGGGGAGUUGAAAAGUUUAUUGUGCAUACUGAAGUAAUUCUGCGUGAUGCAUGUUUUUCAAUAAAAAGUUAUUUGUUUAAAUUUUUUGUACACCCGGUAUAUUUUAAGUUUAUAUGUAUUUAUUAGGUGAAUCAUUUCACAUAACUUAUCCAAAUGAUCUGGGUUAUAUCAUUUGGUUAUUGAUUCAUAGUAUGUAAUAUAUAAAUUCUUUUUUAAGAACUGGUUACAAAUGAUAUUAAUUUGAACUUUUUCAACUAAUAUUUAUUUACAAUAUAAGUAGAUAGUUCAUUUUUUCCUAUCUCAUAUUUAUAUAUUGUCAUUGAUGGCUUUUAACUAUAGUUAACAUAAACAAUAGGUACUUUGUCGCUUACAGUGUUGUGUAUAGUUCAUAAUUUGUUAUCCUAUAGGAAAUAAUAAUAGAAUAAUAUGGAGAAAUAGUACAGAUUCUAGCAUUUAUUUUAUUUUGCAUUAAUAUUUUGAGUGUACAAAUGACAAAUUAAAAUCUUUAUUAUCUGGA